AUGUUGUAUGAUCUGACGAGUUCGAUAUUAGGACAACUCACUAAGAGAAAAGGACUCGUAAAUUUUACAGAAGUGGUAGAUGAAUGGUUUACAAUCAUUGCAGAAAUGCCAACAAUUACAACAAUUUUCGAAAUAAAAGAUCAGUGCUCGGCACUAGAUGCACAUUUCGGGUUGAUUCCGGCGAGCGACCCCCACUACCACUCGAGUCUCAGCGGCCGAGCCGUCGACCGCUCACUGAUGCGAAUUCCGGGCCGCUUGCAGCACGCGAUCAGCGCCACCGGUCGGCGGCCUGGUGCAACCGAUGGCAACACAAGCACGAGCCCGUGUCCGUGUGACUUGGUAGUUGGAAGCGUGCCGACUAUACUCUGA